GUUGCUCAAAAGGAUAUUUGAAGCUCCUGUUUCUUAGCAUUGGAAAUUUUUGCUCUUGCUACACUAAUUGCAUAUUUUUUGUGUAGUUUUUCACUCAAGUUAUCUGCCAUUAAUUGUUGGUACAUCACCUGUCAAAUGUUAACUGUAUUCAUGUGACCAGGCUGUGAUAUUGCAGUGUGCAUGUGACCCUCUUUACUUCCACAAAGUAACAUUAGUCUCUCUUGGUUUUUUUUCUCUGAUAUUGUGUUGCAAGUCUCCAGAAGAGAUGUUGUGGAAGUGAUUCCUGGAGAGUUUCAAGGUCGACAAGUUUUGCAGAUUCUGUCUAGCAAGCAGCAAAGACACACAGCAGCAAGAGAUGGCUCUGCAAGAGAAAUUCAUCAUGAGGGUUAUUGUCUCAGAGGGAGACAUCAGAAAAUUGACAAUGACAACACGACCGGACACACUUGAAGAUUUGAUUGGCUGGCUUAAAGGCACUCUCCAAGCAAAUUACAACUUUGUCCUGCAGUACCAAGACCCCGACUUUAACAAUGAACUGUGUAACCUUGAAGAUGUCUCAGAGCUCCCAGAUAAGCCAACAAUUAAAAUCAUCCCUAUGAUUGAAUUGGCACCAGUCACUCAACCAGUUGAACAAUCUUCAUUGUGUAGUGACGCAAGCAGCCUGGCAGACACCGAGAUCCUGUCCAACUCCUCUCUGGAUAGAAGUGCGCCAUGGCCGGAGGUGUUUGAAAUUCCUAAAUUUUCAGUUGAUGUUGAGUACCGACUCCGUCCAAGGUAACUUGUUAUAUCUAAGAGAUGGAACCUAUCUUAAAGUGACAAAAGAGUUGAAGCAUGAUAUCCUUGAGAAAUUGGCUGAGGUCAUCUAUGCAUUUGAUGCAUACCCAAAAAAGGAAGAUUUAGAGGUUGUUGCACAGGCUUUAGUAGAGGCGCACCCAUGUCUUAAAGAAGCGGGGUCACCCUCUGGCUGUGUUGGAUGGAAGAACAGUUUGAAGUUCAAGGUUGGAAAUUACAGAGCCAAAAUGUGCAAGCGGGGCCGACUUGACGUCACUGUCAACAGUGGUAAACGUGGAAGAUACUCAACAAAUGGCGACCCUCCAAACAAGGACGUCAAGAAGCCAAGGAAAGGAGAAAUAAAUUUCCUGCCUCAGUAUCCAGAGGGGUUGGAUGACCACAACCUGGAAGCAGCUCGCCAGGUUCUAGUCAAUGAGAUGAUGAAGGCAAAGCCAAAUGGGUCCCUUAUUAAGAAAGAGAUGGAUAAGACCCUUGCUCUUCGGAGAAAAGAAGUUGUGACAGACAAGCCUGCAAUUACCCAGAUUGUACAGCGAUGGCCAGCACUUUUCUCCGAAAACGAGGUGUGUUACGAGUUCACCCGAGUGGUGGGGAAAAAUCUCAAAGAAAACUUCUUUGAGGCACUUGACCGCCAAACUUGA